GCCGUUUUCGGCGACGCUGCCCGGCGGUGGGGCGGGGUUAUGGUGCGUGCGCGGGCGCGGGCGCGGAGCGAGCGGCCGCCGCCGCGGGAACGCGCCUGGCGGGAGGAUGCGCGGGGCCGAGGUGAGGCGAGGCCAGGCCGGGCGGUGCCGGCAGCCCCCCAAUGCCGGCCGCCCGCAGGAACCGUGGAUGGAACAGAAAGCUGAGGAGCUGAACUUUUUAUUGAAGGCCUGCAUGUAGACCCUGCUGCAUGAAUGACUGCAGCAUGAAAAUGCUCCCUGGAGUGGGUGUGUUUGGAACUGGCAGCACUGCCCGGGUACUGGUGCCCUUGCUGAAAGCAGAAGGCUUCUCCAUUGAAGCGCUCUGGGGGAAGACCGAAGAGGAAGCCAAGCAGCUGGCAGAGGAAAUGAACAUCUCCUUCUACACAAGUCGGACUGACGAUGUCUUGCUGCACCAGGAUGUUGAUUUGGUUUGCAUCAAUAUCCCUCCACCACUAACUCGGCAAAUUGCUGUGAAGGCUCUAGGAAUAGGGAAGAACGUGAUCUGUGAGAAAGCUGCUACCUCUGUGGAUGCCUUCAGGAUGGUCACAGCUGCCAGGUAUUACCCUAAGCUGAUGAGCAUCGUUGGCAAUGUUCUCCGUUUCUUGCCCACCUUUGUGAAGAUGAAACAGUUGAUAGAGGAAAACUAUGUGGGCACUGUGAUGAUCUGUGACGUGCGAGUAUAUGGAGGAAGCCUGCUCAGCCACAAGUACAACUGGAUCUGCGAUGAGCUGAUGGGAGGAGGUGGCCUGCAUACGAUGGGAACCUACAUUAUCGACCUCCUGACUCACAUCAUCAACAAGAGAGCGGAGAAGGUCCACGGUUUGCUCAAGACUUUUGUGAAACAGAACACAGCCAUAAGUGGGAUUCGCCACAUCACUAGUGAUGACUUCUGCUUCUUCCAGAUGCUGAUGAGCGAGGGUGUCUGUUGCACUGUGACUCUCAACUUCAACAUGCCUGGAUCAUUCAUCCAUGAAGUCAUGGUUGUGGGGUCCGCUGGUCGCCUUAUAGCUCGUGGGACAGACUUGUAUGGGCAGAAGAACACUGCUCUCCAGGAAGAACUACUGUUUACAGACUCUCUGAGUGUCAACAAGGGCCUUUUGGAUCAGGGGUUUAAAGAUAUCCCACUGCUUUACCUAAAAGGAAUGGUGUACAUGGUGCAAGCGCUGCGGCAGUCUUUCCAGGACCAGGAAGACCGUCGGACGUGGGAUCACAAACCUGUCUCCAUGGCAGCCUCUUUUGAAGAUGGUCUGUACAUGCAAAGUGUAGUAGAGGCCAUCAAGAAGUCCAGCAGGUCAGGGGAGUGGGAGGCUGUGGAAGUGAUGACCGAGGAACCAGAUGCCAAUCAAAACCUCUGCGAAGCGCUUCAAAGAAAUAACUUGUGAACAUUCUUUCUUGGGGGAUAUGACAGUGUAGGACAGUCAACACUGCUGUCUGUAACGUAAAGAACCUGUGUUUUUAAGAUAUGUAGAUUCUUAUUUAAUAACCCACCUCCCUCGUUUUUUUAAACAUAAAAUGUGUCAUGUUCUGAGAGAAACUGUUCUGAUUUAAAGUGUUUAAAGA